GCGGGCGGCGGGCUAUAAAUAGUCGGCGGCUGGGAGCCGCUGGUGCAGUGCGGGCUGUGGUGGUUGUGCGUUGCUUGUGCGUGUUUUGGUGCUGGGCGAUGGCGCGCACGAAGCAGACGGCGCGUAAGUCGACGGGCGGCAAGGCGCCCCGCAAGCAGCUGGCCACCAAGGCGGCCCGCAAGAGCGCGCCGGCCACGGGCGGCGUCAAGAAGCCGCACCGCUACCGGCCCGGCACGGUGGCGCUGCGCGAGAUCCGGCGCUACCAGAAGUCUACGGAGCUGCUGAUCCGCAAGCUGCCCUUCCAGCGCCUGGUGCGCGAGAUCGCGCAGGACUUCAAGACCGACCUGCGCUUCCAGAGCUCGGCCGUGAUGGCGCUGCAGGAGGCCAGCGAGGCCUACCUGGUGGGGCUCUUCGAGGACACCAACCUGUGCGCCAUCCACGCCAAGCGCGUCACCAUCAUGCCCAAGGACAUCCAGCUGGCCCGCCGCAUCCGCGGCGAGCGUGCAUAAGUCUCCUGCCGCAGCCCACGUAGACCCAAAGGCUCUUUUAAGAGCCACUACGUGAUCAAUUGAAAGAGCUGUUGCACUGCCUUAAGAUGAGCAUCAUUUAAUGUGAUGUGAAGGGUGAGGGAGUGACAAGAGAUACAAGGUGAGUUAAUUAAUAAAGUAGCCCAUGUUACGUGUAAGAACUGUUAGAUCGCUUAUUGUAAAUAUAUACUGGAUUUUUCUUUAUGUAUCAAAGGUGCGGCCGCUCCAGACUCACCGUUUUUUGGUAUUACUUGGUUUUAGUCUGCUUUCGUGUUAUAAAUGUACUGUGGUGUUGGCUUUUCGCAUGGUACAUAAUUAUUAUGACUGAAUUGCAAUGUUGGCUUUUUGCAUGUUCCUUAAUGUUAGAAAAACUUCACCUAGGUUCUGUAAUGUAAUACGUGAUAUGGAAUGUUUAUUGUUUAUGUAGUUAAUUUAAAAAGGAUAAAUAGAAAAAGUCUUCAUAUUCCUGGAGUAUCUUAUCACAGAAGAAAAAUCAGAAACCAGAGAAGAAUUUAUGGAGGAGGCAGAGACGGAAUGGAGCCAAGGAGGAAGAUGUGGGUGACGGGAUGAUACAAAGAAACUCCAAACAUUUAUGAAUCAUGCAUGAUUGUGACGAAUAUGCAAUAAGAAAUGUACUUUUAAAGAAUCUUUUGGAUAUAGAGGUGUGCCUUUCGAUCUCUGCCAAAGCACCCAGGCCGUCCUACCGGUUUUGCUGUUGUCUCCUAAUUGUCCCUUUUAUUAAACAUCUCUUAAAAUUUUAUA